GGGGGAUGUGGCUGCCACCACUGGGGUGUACGGAUGAGGACAAAUUCUAGGAGCCUCUCUAUGCCUCUGAACCCUCUUCCUUUCCCAGGGAAAUACAGACCCCUCCUGGCCCCACCGCCAGGGUCCAGGGCUUUUGCUUUCACAGUCUCCAUCCAGGCGAGGCUGGCCGCAGAUGACUGGAUGUCAUGGUGAGAAAGGCAGGGUGAGUGGGGGCGAGGGCUCUGGCAAGUGCAUCCUCAGCCAAUCAGCGGCCUGCCCAGCCGGUGGAUUGAGUUACAAGCCAGAGAUCGCCUCAUACUCCAGUCUCUUUCCUACUCCUCCCAAAACUCCAUUCAUUGGCCCCGCUGCACUGGGUCUGCUGGGCACCAUUUCCGCUCACCUUCUGAGCUGCUGCCUUGUGGGGUAGGUGUCCCCAAGGUUUCUGACGAGGCUGGGCCAGGACAGAAUGAGGGUUCUGGGGGUGCUGAGCUUCCUGGGGCUGGCUCUGGGGGGUUUUCCUGCCCUUCACUGGGACAGCACCUCCUGCCACUUGGCCAGGCCUGUCCCUGGCAGCCCCUUGGAGUCCCUGAGCUUCCUGGGCAAGGAUGCCCAGGGACUGGCCCUGUUCCAUGCCCACUGGGAUGGGCAUGGGAGGCUGCAGGCAUGUAGCCAGUGGAGUGAACCAGAGCUCACCGCAGCCUUCAGUGCCCUCUGUGCUGGUGAGAUCUCCCGGGACUCCUUCAUCCAUACCCCUGGACCUGAGCUGCAGAGAGCCCUGGUCACCCUUCAGAGUCAGUGGGAGGCCUGCCGAGGGCCUGAUGAGAGUCCAGCAGAGGCAAGGGAGAAGCGAGCAGCAGGGCAGAGUGGAGCCCCUGGCAUGGGGCACAAGCGGGGGAAGAGAGGCUGGACCCUGCCUGGCACGCUGUGGUGUGGAUUUGGGGACUCUGCUGGGAAUUCCUCGGAACUAGGGAUCUUCCAGGGCGCUGAUCUCUGCUGCCGGGAACAUGACCUCUGCCCACAGAACAUCUCACCUUUCCAGUACGACUAUGGCAUCCGAAACUACCGAUUCCACACCAUUUCCCACUGUGACUGUGAUGCCAGGUUCCAGCAAUGCCUGCAGAACCAACGGGACUCCAUCUCCGACAUUGUGGGUGUGGCCUUCUUCAACGUGCUGGAGAUCCCCUGCUUCGUGCUGGAGGAGCAAGAGGCGUGUGUGUCGUGGUACUGGUGGGGCGGGUGUAGAACGUACGGCUCCAUACCCCUCGCCCGCCUCCAGCCUCAGACCGUCUACAAUGCUUCCUGGAGCUUCGGGGCCACCCCGCUGACAUCCAGCCCCUGGAGCCCAGCCUCCAGCAAGCUGAGACAGAAGCAGCACCCCCAGAAGUGGCCGCCACAGAUGAAAGGGUCCCAGCACCCCAGAAAAUCCAAAGUCACAGUCCUCCAGGCCCCCGUGACCUCCCCCAGGCCUGAUAUGGCCCCCACAGCCCAGCUGGAGGUCACUGUUACAGGCCUCCAGGGGCCACCCGGUGGCCUAAAACCUCAAGGAGCCCACCAAGUCUGCCACAGCUUCCACCACCUAGACCAGUGUGAGCACAAGAUUGAGCCCCAGGAGACCAAAUUCCAGCUGCUCAAUAGUGCCCGACAGCCCCUCUUCCACUGCAACUGCACGCGUCGACUGGCACACUUCUUGAAGCUCCACGGCCCACCUGUGGGCGUCAACAUGCUUUGGGAGCUGCUGGGUAUGACCUGCUUCAAGCUGGCCCCUUCACUGGACUGUGCUGAGCCCCAAGGCUGUCCCAGGGGCCCUAGGGCUAUCAAGGUGCCAGCUAAGCACUUGCAGCGACUUCAGCAGAGGAGACUCCAGCUCUGGGGUACAGGCACAGAUGAGGAGAAGGCAUGGCUUUCAGAGCACCCAAGGACCCCCACGUCAUUCUACGACUGGUGCCUGCAGCUGACCCAGGCAGCCCAAGGAAGCAAAGAGCAGCAGAAAUCCUGGAACCAGUGACCUCAGUUCCAGCUUUUCUGGAUACCAGAUGGGACUUUGCCCCUGGCUUUGUUAGGCCCUGGGGUCUCGGUCUCUUUUCCUUGUGUUAGACUGAAGCUUUUGUGAACAGCCAGGAGGCUGGAUUGGGGUGAGGAGGACCAAGGCCCAAUGCUAGACCACGGCUCCUGCUGUGCUGGGUGAUCUUGAGCUGAUGACAUACACCUCUGUGCUUAGAUGUGGUGUUUGGGAGGCUCAUUCUGAUGCCCUGGGCUUGGACCUUGUCAGAGAACUUCACUCCAGAUGGGAACGAGGAAGGGGUAAUUGAUUGCAGCAGCCCCAGGAGGUACCAGGAGGUGCAUGUAAAUCCGUGUUGCAAAGUGAAUACAUGUCUCAAGGUCCUCCCCAAGGGAGCCCGAGCACCUGCCUGCAGAGACCUGGGGCAGCAGGUAGGGAAUGAGGGAUGCCACAGAAGUGCCUAUGUCUGAAUCCAGGCUGGAGGACAAUAAAGAGGGACUUCCCAACUCUUUUCCUCCCCAGGAGAUCCCUUCUCUUAACAGCUGCUAUGACCUUCCUGGCCCAGCUCUGGGCUACUUUCUGCCCUAAACCUAAAUGCACAUCUUCCCUGUACCCUUGAGCAAGAGACAUUACUCCCCAGCUCUGACCCUUUGUUUCCUCCUUAAAAAAGGGGAGUGUAAACAGCACCUACCUCAUGGGGUUGUUGAGGAUUAAGUGAACCAAUGCAUGCACAAUGCUUAGGAUCUAGUUUAAGUAUUCCCUCCCUCCAACACAUAGCCAAACAACUCAGGUAUCUGAUUUUGAGAGGCUCACACAACUCUGGGGGCCUUAGUUUGCUUACCUGUGAAAUGGGGCUAAGAACCACACUGAACUCAGCACCACAAUUCAGUGUGUGCAAAUUAAAGGAGAUAUAUAAUGUAUAUAGCUGGUGCCUGGUAAU